AUGUCAACAUCUACUUGUAUGAUGUGUAAUGGAGAUCUUACAGAGCUCUCUUCAGUCGAUCAAGUAUUUCAUAUUGAUAAUUGUAUAGAUUUAAAGAUUGAAACUUUAUUAGGAGAAAUUGACAGUUUAAAAAACAGCUCAGCUUCCAAUCAAACCAAAAGUACUUAUUCGCACUCAGAGGAAGAAAUAGUUGGAGCAAGCUCAAGUGAUGAAGAAAAUUCUAUCGAUAUGGACACGACAGGUAUGCCAAAUUUUGAAAAGAUGAAUAAAGCUACACUUGCAGAGGAAUUAGAUAAAUUUGGAUUGAAAAAAUCGUUGGAAACUCAUGAAGCAAAACAAAUCUUGACUGAAAUUUGGCUAUAUGUGAAUAAAAAGAAGUUUCCAAAUUCAUUGAGAAAGUAUAAAAAGGAUGAAUAA